AUGGCAUCGUUGGCAUACAGGCCCUCGCCUAGUCCUCGGCCGUUAUCCAAUAGCCCACAUGAUGCACGUCUGGGACUGCAUAUUGAGACCGACAACUUACUGACCUAUGCUGGCCCUGAUGCGGUUGCGACAAACCAGAAUUCUCCAUCCUUUAACCCGGCUUGGGACUUUUUCGCAGGAUCGAACAGUCCAGCUUGUUAUUCGGAUAUCGGCCCAGAGCUUGCACCUUGGCUGACAAUCGACUAUCAGCCACUCGAUCUGGAUCGUUGUUCAACUCCAAAUCCUCCUCUCCAUAAGAGAUCACAUACGUUUCCAGCUUUCAUAAACGACGAAUUCGACUGGAAUGGGGACAACACAGCGCCACAUUCUGCUGGUGCUUUCUCCGAAAUUCCUUCCAUAGAGGUCACAUCCCCCGACUGCUCCAGACCUCAAAGCCCAUUCGGAAUCUCAGAACAAGACUUCUCUUCCCCAGGAAUCGCAAUUCCAUACUCGUCGCAAUCAUUAGAUCAAGACGACGAUGAUUACCAGGAACCCACUGGCGGAUUCGAGCUGCCACGAACUCCGCCACUUUAUCCACUGAACACGCGGUUUAACGAUGGUCAAAUCGACUACUACGGGGACUUCCUCUCUCCUGUAGACAAACCCCCUACGUUAUCGCGUCGGUCAUCCAUGACCUCAACCUGCUCAGGGACAUUACAACAAGAGCUACCACCUACUAUUAGCACUCGACUACACAGAAGUCAAACCCUUCCAAGCAAUUCCAACCCGCGCAUGCAGGCCGAACAAGAGCGACUGAACACUACAGUAAGCUCACCACGAACGCGCAAUUAUCUACAGGUGUACUUUCAGAAGGUCCACCCUCAUUCUCCAAUCCUGAAUCCUGCAACGAUCUCGCUGAAGGCGUCAAACAAUUCCAUAACUACAUACCAAGUCCUCGUUGCCGCUGCAAUCGGCGCAAUGAUACAUCACCAAUCAAGAUCGCUGUCCUCACCCUAUGUGAGGCUCGCAAUGACUCUCAAUCCAGAAGUCGAUUUCUGGAGUUCGAUCUCAGGGUUACACUGUGCGAUUCUCCUAGCCAUUUAUUGCUUACACGAAGAAACUCUAUCCUUCCAGGACGAGAUGGACAACGAGGGCCCACAUCAUUUCCCACUCACCCAACCUCUACAUCCACACGUGAAUCUUUGGCUGCACACCUGUCAAAUCAGCGCGACCUGCAUCGAUCUAGGCCUCAAUCUCGGCUAUCUUUCAGGGGCAGAUCCCAUCGGGCCGCCCAGGGGGAGAGGCCACGAGCUUGACUUCUUCCCAGAAACGGCGUCGGAAAUUGAGAUGGAGGCGAUUUUCAAGAACACGUUCCGAGUCGCGUACGGGCUGGACAAGCGUGUGUGUAGCCUGAAGCAACGACCGAGGUCGAUCCGUGAUGAGUCUAUACAUCCUGAUCUCGCCAGGCAGUAUAUGCUCGAAACUGUAAAUUUGUGA